GACUCAUCUUUUAUCGAUGAUCUUCCUCAACACAAGCUAGUACUCGAAGCCAUUGAUGCUACAUGUGUAGAGUUGGCAGCAGAAUCCAACAGAAUUCAGGAUCGUGACUGCCUUCCCAUAUUCAAGCAUUUGUGGGCGGAGUUUGUAGCUGUGUUUCUGGAGGAAGCAGAAUGGAUGCAUAGCGAACACAUACCGAGCUACGAAGAAUACAUGCGAUGCACCGUCGUCUCUAUCGGAGCUAGAGUAGUAACAUGGACUUCUGCAUUCUUGCUGGGAGAAAAGUUCACGGAUGAGAUGCUCAGCCACCUGGGUCCAGACUCACGCUUCAUGUACCUCAUUUCCGUCGUAGCCCGGCUUGCCAACGACGUCGCCACCUUCCAAAAGGAGGUCCGGGAGGGAAAGUUGGCCACGGCGGUUGGCUGCUACAUGAGGGACCACCCAGGUUGCACCCAGGAGGAAGCAACGGCGGGUGUCGUCAAUUUGAUCGAGUCGGCCGAGGAGGAGCUGGAGUGGGCGCUCUUUCGAUCGAGGGCGGUAGCGCCGGAAUUCUGCAGCCAUGCGGUCGUGAAUGGUGCUCGGAAUUCGCGCUUUCUUUAUAAAAGGAUGGAUGGCCUUACGAGUAUUGACGAAGAAAUCAUGAAGCUCUUCCAAGAUUUUGCAUUCAACCCACUUGUAUGAAAGCCUUCUUGUGCCGGCAGGGAAACUCGAACUGUUUGCACGCAGGACAUCUAUGUACGUUUCCCUCUGGGUCUGCCGGCGUUUGGAUUCAUGGGCUAUUAAUACUGUUUCUCCCCUCACGUAAUCUGAACCCUGCAAGCAAAUUAAAUUCGUAGCUGAUAAGAAGAAACGAUGCUGUCCUCCUGAUAUGUUACGCCAUGGGAAGGAGCAAAUGCAUGGACGUUAUUAAUGGCUUUGAUUCUGUAUACGAAGAGCAUGAGUUCGACUGAAUAAAUCUUGAGUGCUUCUAACUAGCUCUUUUUGAGUAAGACCUUAAUGUUGCAUUAAAAAUUUGAAAAGUUACUUCUCUAGACAAGUAAUGGCCAUCAUAAUUUUGGUGGAGAUCCAUCUAAUAGAUUAAUAAGCUAGAAUCAUGUU